AUGGAGCACGCACUGCGCCGGAACCCAUCCUGGAGCAGCCUUGGGGGACCUGAGCGUCAAGAGAUGAGCUGUCUAGAACAAGGAGAGAACACUUCAUGGCCAUCGCCGGCCAUGACCGCAGGCUCAGAAAGAAGCCAUGAGAAACAGGGGGCCAAGGCCUCCAGGUGGACAAGGCAGGAGGCUGUGGCGGAAGGGGAGCUGCCGGGUCUGGGGGAAGAUCCCCAGGCCAAGCCACCUGCUGAGUACGCCGGACUGGAGGCCACGUCCCCCAAGGCCACACACGUGUCCCAGGCUGCUCCUUUGGCCAAAGUGGGCGCCCCACCAACAGAGUGGGACAUCUUCCCCCCUAACCACGAAGCCUCGGCCGCUGGCUCCAGCACAGAUGAGCUGGAGCUGGACAUAGGGUUCCCGGCCACAGCAUCGUGGGGGUAUGAGCUCGGCCUGGUGGAAGAGAGGCCUGCCCUGUGCCCGUCCCCACGGGCCCUGUUACCCAGGCUGGGCUGGGACGACGAACUGCAGAAGCCGGGGGCCCAGAUCUACAUGCACUUCAUGCAGGAGCACACCUGCUACGACGCCAUGGCAACCAGUUCCAAGCUGGUCAUCUUCGACACCACGCUGGAGAUCAAGAAGGCCUUCUUUGCCCUAGUGGCCAACGGCAUCCGGGCGGCACCGCUGUGGGACAGCAAGAAGCAGAGCUUCGUGGGGAUGCUGACCAUCACAGACUUCAUCUUGGUGCUGCAUCGCUAUUACAGGUCCCCGCUGGUCCAGAUCUAUGAGAUUGAAGAACAUAAGAUUGAGACCUGGAGAGAGAUCUACCUUCAAGGCUGCUUCAAGCCUCUGGUCUCCAUUUCUCCCAGCAGUAGCCUGUUCGAAGCCGUCUACACCCUCAUCAAGAACCGGAUCCACCGUCUGCCGGUCCUGGACCCGGUCUCAGGCGCCGUGCUCCACAUCCUCACACACAAGCGACUGCUCAAGUUCCUGCACAUCUUUGGCUCCCUGCUGCCCCAGCCCUCCUUCCUCUCCCGCACCAUCCAAGAUCUGGGCAUCGGCACAUUCCGAGACUUGGCCGUGGUGCUGGACACGGCGCCCAUCCUGACGGCCCUGGACAUCUUUGUGGACCGGCGCGUGUCUGCGCUGCCUGUGGUCAACGAAGCUGGUAGUGGCCCCCUGAUGCCUGUUUUAAAGCCAGGGGGCGCCUGGCACCUGGCUGCCCAGCAAACCUACAACCACCUGGACAUGAGUGUGGGCGAAGCCCUGAAGCAGAGGACACUGUGUCUGGAAGGAGUCCUUUCCUGCCAGCCCCAUGAGAGCUUGGGGGAAGUCAUCGACCGGAUUGCCCGGGAGCAGGUACACCGGCUGGUGCUAGUGGACGAGACCCAGCAUCUCCUGGGCGUGGUGUCCCUCUCCGACAUCCUUCAGGCACUGGUGCUCAGCCCUGCUGGCAUCGAUGCCCUCGGUGCCUGA